CUUUAACUGAUCGCUAGACUGUUCGGCUCAGCAACCUGAUCAACAUACCAACAUGUCACGGCCUCAAGAUGGAGAUCGUAAUCAAGAAGCGACAGUUUACAUGGGUAACUUGGAUGAACGUUGUACGGAUGCAUUGGUUUGGGAGUUGAUGCUACAAGCUGGUCCAGUAGUUAACGUUCAUUUACCAAAAGACCGGGUUUCAAUGUCACAUCAAGGAUACGGCUUUUGUGAAUUCUUAACAGAAGAUGAUGCGGAAUAUGCAUGUAAAAUCAUGAAUCAGAUUAAACUAUAUGGCAAGCCGAUCAGGGUGAACAAAGCUUCCUCAGAUCGAAAGCAGGUUGAUAUUGGUGCAAAUCUAUUCAUAGGGAACUUAGAUGUUAAUGUAGAUGAAAGGAUGCUUUACGAUACGUUCAACACUUUCGGGACUCUUGUACAAACUGCGAAGAUUGCUAGAAAUCCAAGUACCGGUCAAUCAAACGGAUACGGUUUUGUGGCUUAUGAAUCCUUUGAAUCAGCGGAUACAGCGAUAGAAUCAAUGAAUGGUCAAUUUUUGAUGAACAAAGCUAUCACCGUUCAGUAUGCAUUCAAGAAAGAUGGUAAAGGUGAACGACACGGAACACCAGCUGAACGUCUGUUAGCUGCACAAGCUAGGAAGAAUAAUGCGCUGCCAAGUGGGAUGGGAGCUGCUGUGCCAGCACCACCUCCCGCGGCACCACCAUCCGUACGCUUCAACUCUCAAAACAACAUGAUGCCCCCUCAUCCAUCAGCACAUCCUGGUGGACCACCUGCACAUCCUAACCCAAAUCCACAGAUGAACUAUCAGCAUCCACCAUAUUCGGGUGGCCCUCCACCUGGCCCUCCCAAUCAGUCUCCUGGUUACCCUGGGAAGCCAACAGGUCAUCCAUAUCCUGGUCCACCACCACCUCCGACCACCAUUCCUAUGGCCUUUCGCCCAAUGCCAUCACACAUGCAACCUCCUCAGAACUUUCCCCCGCCUCCUCAUCACCCCCCUCCUCGAAGUUUCCCACCACCUACCAAUGGUGCCCCAGGAUUCAAUCACACCCCAAUACUCGCUCCACCACCUGGGUUUGGUGGUAUGCCAAUGGCUCCACCUGGUCCACCGCCGCCGGUUGGUUUCAAUGGCCCACCUCCGAACACAACUGGAAUUCCCCCGCCUCCCCCUGGUUUUGCUCCUCGAUAACCCGAAGCUCAGUUGUAGGAUUUUCUUUCUAUCCUUUCCUCAUUCUAUGCAUAAAUUUAGACUUUGUUCUUGUCAAAUCAAAAAUAAAAUGCUUUUGUUCUAAAGAAGGAAUGAAAAAUGUGCUUUCAUAUUUGUAUCAUCAUAAGAUGUUAUUUUAUAUCUUUUUGUGAUUCAUUUCCUUUUCUUUCUGAGAAUUACCUGACCAAAGUCAAAUUUCAUCGAUG